AAGGAGUUGGCCAGGCCCCGGGCUCUGUCAGUGGCGUCCGCCGAUUGCUGGAGCUGCGGGUUUGGCUUGUUACGCGGUGGCGGCCGAGGCUGUCCCGGGGUGGACGCCGGGGCCAGGCUGCACCCACUUCAGGCAGCUGUGACUUUCUUUGGAUGGUUGAUGACAUUUGUCAUUGUGCCCAGUUUCUAUGCAUAAAAGAUGGGUGGAUUAUUUUCUCGAUGGAGGACAAAACCUUCAACUGUGGAAGUUCUAGAAAAUAUAGAUAAGGAAAUUCAAGCAUUGGAAGAAUUUAGGGAAAAAAAUCAGAGAUUACAAAAAUUAUGGGUUGGAAGAUUAAUUCUUUAUUCUUCAGUUCUCUAUCUAUUUACAUCCUUAAUUGUAUACUUGUGGUACCUUCCCGACGAACUUACAGCAAGACUUACCAUGACACUCCCAUUUUUUGCUUUUCCAUUGGUCAUCUGGAGCAUAAGAACAGUCCUUAUUUUCUUCUUUUCCAAGAGAACAGAAAGAAAUAAUGAAGCAUUGGAUGAUUUAAAAUCCCAGAAGAAAAAAAUUCUGGAAGAAGUCAUGGAAAAAGAAACUUAUAAGACGGCUAAAUUAAUUCUUGAAAGGUUUGGUCCAGACUCAAAGAAAGCAAAGGAGUUUGAGCCGCCAUCUGCUGGAGCAGCUGUAAUUUCAAGACCUGGACAAGAGAUUCGUCAGCGAACUGCAGCUCAAAGAAGUGUGUCGCCAGCACCCCCAGCCUCUAACCAGGGCCCUACUCCUCAAGUUCCAGUAUCUCCUGGACCACCAAAGGAUACUUCAGCCCCUGGUGGACCCCCAGAAAGAACUGUUACUUCAGCCGUACCAUCAAAUAUGUUACCAAGACGCCUUGGAUCCCCUGCUACUUCUGUGCCUGGAAUGGGUCUCCAUCCUCCAGGUCCACCUUUAGCAAGGCCCAUUCUUCCCCGAGAACGGGGUGCUUUGGAUAGAAUUGUUGAAUAUUUAGUUGGUGAUGGUCCACAGAACAGGUAUGCACUUAUAUGUCAACAGUGUUUUUCUCAUAAUGGCAUGGCUUUGAAAGAAGAAUUUGAAUACAUUGCUUUUCGGUGUGCCUACUGUUUUUUCUUGAAUCCUGCGAGAAAAACUAGACCCCAAGCUCCAAGGCUUCCAGAGUUUAGUUUUGAGAAGAAGCAGACUGUAGAAGACCCAAGUGUAGUUGAUCCUUUGCCAUCAGGAAGUUUGCCUCCAUCGGAUAACCAAUUUAAUGAAGAACCUUUAAAAGAGCAAGAUGUUCUUGAAAAUAGUACAGAGGAAGUAGAUGAAGAAAUAUUAACUCCAGAGCAGAUAAAUCCGGAUGUUGAAAAAGCAUCAAUCUCAGAGGAACCAGAGAAGAAAGAAGAGACUGAGAGUGAGGAAGCAGUGAAUGAAGCUGAAUCUACAGUUGCCAGAUGUGAUUGUAUUCCCAACCCUGAACUAAGUGGAGAAGCUUCAGUGACAAAGUAGUAAAUGCUUCUACGUGCCUUCAACUGGUUAUGUGUAGUCUUAUUGAUGUUGGUUACUGGUUUUUAGAUGGUACUUGAUUUCUUCUGUUUUUGCACCUCUGAGUUGAUGCUUGAUAAUAUUUGAAUUCAGAUUGUCUAGCUAGUUCCAUAUAUCAGAGUUGAAUCUUCUAGGUAUUAAUUAAAAGCAAGUGAUAUCCAUAAAGGGAGAAUGUUUUAAAUGUACAAAGACUCACACUAUUUGGAUAACUUUUGGAUUUUUUUUUUGGUCCACUCUAAAGAUAAUCGUAUUGUUUUCUGUAUGUGUAGCUUGUAAAUAAUAUCCAUUUGCAUAGAAAGAACUUUGGUUAAGAGCAAGUUCUCUAAUAGUGUUUUUUUAAGGGAAUGAAGAACACUUAAGAUUUGGAGAAUAUUAUCAUUAAAAAUGAAUAGAAUUUUAUCUCUUGAGAUAUUGCCAGUAGGAGGGAAAUGUGUUUAGGUGUUUACAUUAAGGGAUAUGAAAGUUUUUUAACUGUUGCUAUUAGACAUUGGUACGAAUUCUCAAUAGGAAUGCAAUUGAACAGUCAAGUGCAGUGUUUCUUUUUGGUGUCUUUUAUUUUGCAGCUGGGCCAAAGGCACAUGAUGUACAUAAUUAGUUUAUGUUUACAUAUUAACAUAUAGGAAAUAUUUCUGCACUUGACUGUACUUGAAUUCUGAGUAUUAUUUAUGCUUGUAAAAUAAUGAUAUAUAAGUGAAUUUUGUGCUCUUGUGUGUAUUUUUGUUAAGGAAAAUAAAGAUUAUAUGGCAGCAA